AUGUCAGAGGGGGCGGGCACAUUCCGCAUGGUCCCUGAAGAGGAACAGGAGCUCCGUGCCCAACUGGAGCGGCUUACAACCAAAGACCAUGGACCUGUCUUUGGCCAGUGCAGCCACCUGCCCCGCCACACCUUGCAGAAGGCCAAGGACGAGCUGAAUGAGAGGGAGGAGACCCGGGAGGAGGCGGUGCGGGAGCUGCAGGAGCUGGUGCAGGGGGAGGCAGCCUCGGGGCAGGAGCUGGCCGUGGCCGUGGCGGAGAGGGUGCAGGGAAAGGACAGCGCCUUCUUCCUGCGCUUCAUCCGCGCACGCAAAUUCCACGUGGGCCGAGCCUACGAGCUGCUCAGAGGCUAUGUGAACUUCCGGCUGCAGUACCCAGAGCUCUUCGACAGCCUGUCCCUGGAGGCUGUCCGCUGCACUGUCGAGGCUGGCUACCCUGGUGUCCUCUCCAGUCGGGACAAGUAUGGCCGAGUGGUCAUGCUCUUCAAUAUUGAGAACUGGGACUCUGAAGAAAUCACAUUUGAUGAGAUCUUGCAGGCAUACUGUUUCAUCCUGGAGAAGCUACUGGAGAAUGAGGAAACUCAAAUUAAUGGCUUUUGUAUCAUUGAGAACUUCAAGGGCUUUACCAUGCAGCAGGCUGCCGGACUUCGGGCUUCAGAUCUCAGGAAGAUGGUGGACAUGCUCCAGGAUUCCUUCCCAGCCCGGUUCAAAGCCAUCCACUUCAUCCACCAGCCGUGGUACUUCACCACAACCUACAACGUGGUCAAGCCCUUCUUGAAGAGCAAAUUGCUCCAGAGGGUCUUUGUCCAUGGAGAAGACCUCUCCAGCUUCUACCAGGAGUUCAACGAGGACAUCCUGCCCUCCGACUUUGGGGGCACACUGCCCAAGUAUGACGGCAAAGUCGUUGCUGAACAGCUCUUUGGUCCCCGGGCCCAAGAUGAGAACACAGCCUUCUGA